AUGGCGGCAACGGAGCAGAGCAGCCUGACCGGAGGCCCCCAGCAGUUGGCCGGCAUCCAAGACCUCGAGGUCCGCCACGGCUUCAUCCGCAAGGUGUACGGUAUACUUGGAGUCCAGAUGACAAUCACGACGAUCAUUGCAAGCCUCAUCACCAUCUACGGCGCGAAUCUGGUGAAGUACAACCCUGCGUUGGUGACAUCGUUGAUGGUAGUCUCAAUGGUCAUGGCAAUCAGCACAAUGUGCGUCUUCAUGUGCUGCCCUGAUACGAUGCGGAAAACGCCUACAAACUACAUGCUGUUGUUAUGCUUCACAGUUGCAGAAUCUGUAAUGGUGGGUUUCAUUUGUGUCCAAUACACCGUCCAGUCCGUUCUCGUGACUCUGGGCAUCACGGCUGCGCUGGUGCUGGCGCUCUCCCUCUUUGCCCUCCAAACCUCGUAUGACUUCACUGGUUUCAUGCCGUACCUGUUUGCGCUCGUCUCCUGCCUUUUCUUGUUCGGCCUCGUGAUGUCAAUCUUCAGCUGGUGCGGCGCUCUGAGUUCUGGUGCUUUCCAGGUGUUGAAUAUGAUCUAUGCUGGUCUUGGAGCUAUAGUCUUCUCCUUCUACGUCAUCUUCGACACCCAGCUGAUCGUUGGUGGCAAGCACAACAAGUUCAGGUUCAGUAUUGAUGACUACUGCAUGGCAGCGAUCAACAUCUACGUCGACAUCAUUCAGCUGUUUUUGUUCUUGCUGCAGCUUCUGGGCGAGCGCUUGUGUUUUCGCACAGAAGCUGUGCGCAUUCCUGUGCUCAGCUUGACCAGCUUGACCUGGCUGGAGUGCAUGGCCAGGUUCUGUCCUCGAAGGCUGCUGGACAGAUUUGCGAUGGCUGGCAGGUCCAACAAAAGCUGUGAGUCUUUCCAAAGACGCAGCAGCUCCGUCCCGCCCAGUCUGUGGCAGGCUCUGGCAUCCGUCACGCAGGAGGUGGGCGAGCCUCCAUCGGAGCCCAAAAAACCUCAGUUGUCUCAGGCGCAUCGGGCCCUGGUGCGCCCGCAUGGUGCCCAGGAGGAGCCUCGUGGCAGGUAUCGGCAGGUGGUGCCGCAGAGGAUGCUGCUGCCCCUCCCUGGAGAUUACUUCAAGCAAAUCGCAGGUCCUGAGAAGUUGGUGCUCCUCAGCUGGACGACCGGUGCGCCGGCGGACCCAAGUGAGAAAGGGAGCCGAACCGACAUUGCAGUCAAUUUGGCCUUGUCCAUCCGCAAGCAUGCGCCGCACCUGGAGAAGAAAUUCGUAUACAUCUCCAUGGACACUGUCGCGCACAAGGUCAUGCAGGAGUACGGAUUCAACUCCGUGCUCUGCGAGGCGGGCCCGUGCCGCUCGAGGGACCUCAAGGAUGACAUCUGGAAGAUGCGAUGGUACCUGAUGCUCACCCUCACGAGCUUUGGGCUUCGGGUGCUGGUCGUGGACGCUGACAUCGUUUUCUUGGGUGACCCAACCAAGGAGUUCUUUGGCGAUGCCGACAUGGAGGUCAUGACGGACCAUUUCUUCCCGGGGAAGCACCUUUGGGAACCCUGGGUGCGUGUGGAGGACCACAUCAAUACCGGUUUCGUGCUCGUCAAGCCGACUCGACCAAUGCGAUUUCUGCUUGCAGACUUCCUGGAUGAGAAUUGGCAAUCCGAGCAGGGAGGCGUACGACGUGACGGUAUGGAUCAGCGUGUGUUCAACCACUUCAUCGUACGGCGCAUGGGUGCGGACAUCCCCUUGGUUGUGGGCCGCUAUGACGACAAAGUCUUUGGGCGGCCGCAGACUAUAGUGCCUGCCUGGCCGUGGAGACAGGCAUCCAUUCGGGUCUUGGACCCCGCAAGGGUGGCACACGGCAUGAACUUCUUCUGGCGACGAGCGCACCUCCUCGACCCAGAGAUCGGGUCCUUCCCAGCUGUGGCGCAUGUGAACGGCGCGGACCCGAAGGAAUACUUCUUGCGUGACCGGCAGGUGUGGUUCCUGGAUGACUGGCACGACCGGCUCAACGCUUCAGUUCGGUUCCUGACCUAUGACCACCCUGGCGGCCAAAGCCUGCAGGGCGACUUCUCCACCUUGUCCGCUGCGGUGGAGGUCGCCAAGCUGCUGGGGAGACGUCUGGUUCUGCCCAACACCAUGAACUGUCGCAAUGCGCCCUCGUACUACGCCUGGGGCUUGAAUGUCACUGUACAGAAAGAGACUGAGAGCGGGAACUGCACUUUCGAUUAUUUCUCCUGGGCAAAGAAUCUUCUGGAUGCGCAUCUGGGUUUCGUGAUCGAGUCCGGCGUGCGGCGCACGGCCGAGUUCCUCCAGCUUGUGGAGGCUGACAAACGAUUCAUCAAUACGAGUGACCAGAGAUUCAUCCAGGCUUUGCUUUCGAAUGAUUGCUGUGUCCAGGCAUGGCCACCCCUGCGUCGCGAAGGCCCCGUCGCUGCGCAAUGGUUGCAGCAGCUGCUGCCCGAACCAGCAGCCGUGGUGCACGUGGCAACGGACAUCUUGCAGGAGUGGGACUCCAUGACCUGCAUAUUCCAGCAGUUCCCACACCAGGUCAAUGUCUGUCGCGAUGAUCGGUAUGUGUCUCGCUUUGGCAAAGGCAUGUCCUUCUGGGGGUACUCUGAAAAGUUGGAGAUCUUCACCGGCGCGCGGUGGGACCGGAUGUCCACCGCAUGCAAAGACAGGAACACAAGGCAGCGUCUGCGCAUUCAGUCCAUUGCUGUGCUGGUUGCAAGUGCAAACCGUUUGGAGCCGAAUCUGCAGGAGCAUUGCAUGCUGGUGCCGGAGCAGCAGCCAAUGACCAUCUAUGGCGAUUCACACUUUUACUCGCCCUUCAAGGGCUUCAUCGCAGUCCAGGCCAAGAUCAUCCAACAUCGCAUGUGGUACCACCAUCGCUUGCUGGAACUCUUCUGGACUCUAACUCCGACCGAGCACCACCCUCGCGACUGCAACACUUUCCUGCUGUGGCGUGGCCGCUACGACCGGGCUUUCAAGUGGCUAGGAACUCGAGCGGUUCAGGUCAUGGUUGCAGCCGUCAUAUCAGGCCCAUUGUCAUGGGAUACUGGGCGGCCGUCCAGUAGUGUCGCUGAGGCUUGGCACACGGCAAUCAUUUCGCUUCGCUUCAUGCUGCCCUACGCAAGUCAGUGCCUUCCUGGCGGUCAGGGCGACAUUGGAAGUGAGUGGAAGUUACGGCAUGAUGUGGAGCAGUUCCGCUACCUGUCGAGGAGGCAGCUUCCAGACUACUACAGAUCUUCCAGUGGUGUGCUCGAGCAGUCUUCGGCUCUUCUGGAGAUGCUCUGCACAGCUUCUGCUAUUUCUGCUCAGGCCAACGCCUCGCUGGCCUCCGAGCUGGCGCAGCUGAAGCCCUACCUGGACCGAGCAGUCCACGUGCCGCAUCUAGAGAAAUUGGAGGGCGGUGUCCUAAGUACCAGUGCGAACUGGCUGCUGCUUGAAGAGACAUUCCGCAAGGAUGGCCUGGCUUAUCUGGACGCGGCACUUCUCCCGAAGCCCCUGGCGGCCCUGGUCCAACAUUUCCUCGAGGCCACCGUCUGGUACAGCCCGCAGGCGGGCGGAUCUUAUCUCAAGGCAACCCUCUUUGAUGGACUGCACGCCGAGCUGUUGCUUCAAAUGGCUGCAGAGCUUCCUGCUUUGUUGCCAACGGCCUUGGGCCCACAUCGGCUUAGCAACCUCUAUGCCCACAAGUACGAUACGGAGUGGCCAGGAUAUCCAGGCCUCGGAACACACAGCCUGCCUUGCUCUGUGGCGGUUGCCGUGUGGACGACUCCAGAUGCCGCAAACCUCGACAAGAAAGGUGGCGGGUUUGAGGUGUUCCACGCUUCUGCCGAAGAAGGCAUGUCUGCUACCGAGCGCUAUGCCUGGAUGCCUCAGCUGGAGGAAGAUCUGCCAAAGCACAAGCUGAUCCAACAGAAGCAGUUUGCAUCGACGCGGAUUGCCUACAAGUCGAAUCGCUUGGUUAUGUGGCGCUGCGACCGGCUCUUUCGCACGGAUUGGUCGCCGAUGCAGUGGCGUGGUGGGCUGAGGCAUCGCCGCGCCGAUCUGUGGCUGCUGUUCGGGAAUCGGCCUUAA